AUGUGUCUAGCGCUUUUCACACACGAUGUUCUCGUUAUAUUCGCGACGCUCACGCUGGUUCCAUUGACUGCCAUUACAUAUGUUCUGCUACCGCGAAUGUACAUCGUGGAGACGGUCAACUACGAUGCCUCGGUCAUCUUCAUGCUUGCUGAAUUCCUCAACCUCGUCGGAACACCGAAGUGGAUGUUCAUCUUUUUCGCCCGCGGAUGGACCGUCAUAUUCACCAUUCAGUACUCCUUCUUAGUUUUCUUCCGCCCCCUUAUCCAGAACCUGUCCGCAUGGCUGGAAUGUUACUACUGA